GGGAAUGUAGAGGCUUUAUUUACAAGAAUUAAUUGGAAUCUAAUCCUUCUCCUCUCUUAAUUCCAAUUAAUUCCUUAAUUACUUUUUUUUUUAAAAAACCUACUCACCAACUAGGUUCCCCAUUUUGGGAAUAGCUCAACUCUUUCCAUGCCUCCUUUUAUUCAUUUUUCCAUCUCGGUUCUCAAUAAUUGCAAUAAUUAACAAUUUGGAUCAAAAGCUCCAAAUUUAUUGGUUUUACUCCAGUUAAAACAGCCUAAUAAUUCAUUGUUAGGCACUAAUUAAGCCUCUCGUUAAUUGUCUUUUUUUUUUUUUGGUGGAAACUGUCUUUUCCGUUUUUGAACUUUUGAACCGCAAAUUUUUUUUUUUUUUUAAAUUUUUUUUUUUUAAUUUUGAAUUUGGGGCUUCUAUUAAUCUGGGUUUUUUUUUCCCCCAGCUCAAUAAUUUGUCCCUUAUUAAUUAGCUUUGUUCAAUUGCUGUUAAUUAAUUGUUCUCAAAUUACUCCAUUCCUUUUACCAACACUGUAAUUCUUAAUAUUCUAUCCUCAUUUACUUCUUACAAUUAAUAUAAUAAGAUUUAUUUUAAUGCUAUCAAUUGGGCUUCAGUUAUCCAUUCUCAUACAAUAGUUAGUUGCCUUCUUUGGCUAUUUUAAUUAAUACGGUCACCAACAGAGGCAGAAACUUCUCUCAGUAAAUUCUGCUUAUUCUUCAUAGCCCUUUUAAUUUAAAAGCGUUGUUUUAAAAAAACCUCUAUAACUCCAUAACUUUACAUCUUUUAAAUCUUGAUGUAAAGUCUUAAUUCACAAUGAAAUAAUAACUUAAUUCACAAUAAAAAAAAUACUCCUGCCUUCAAUUUGAUGCCAUCUCAAAUCAAACCUUUGAGAUGACUUGAUUUCUGAGUUCAAAAAAAACUUCAGUAUAUCUGCCUCUUAAUCGAUUUGUAUAAACACACAAAUAAAAUAAUACAAUAUAUAGCUGUCUUGUCUGGAAAAAAGGGCCGCUCUUUAGAAGAAAGCAUAAACAUCCAUCCAUUUUAAUUUUUUUUUACAAUUUCUAAAAGUUUUUCUUCCUCUUAUUCUUUAAAAAAAAACAAAAAAAACCACCGAUUCCAUCAUGUUUUACUAUCCCAAUGUUCUGCAACGCCAUACCGGAUGCUUCGCUACAAUUUGGUUGGCAGCGACUGGAGCUUCAAAACUCCUAAAACGGGAAUACCUGAAGGUCAACGUUCCCCAAACAUGCGACGAGAUCCUGGCUUACAUCCUGGUCCGUGUCCCACCACCAGUUCCUGGAGCACCCCGGCCAAGAUUCUCUCUCUACCUCUCUGCUCAGCUGCAAUAUGGCGUGAUCUUGGUUUACAGUCGCCAAUGUCAAUAUCUCGUCGAGGAAAUCCAACUCACCUUGGAACGCCUGAGCCGAGCCCACCAACAAAUAAGGAUCGAUAUGACCGAUCUUGAACAACCAGGUCUCCUCCUUCCCGACCAACUGGCGCUCAUGGAAACUCUGGAGGAAGCCCCCGAUCCCUUUUUCGGCAUGAUGGAACCUCUGCUGCCCAGCCCUUUUUCGAUCCCACAUGUCCGAGACCUCUUGGAGGCCCCAACUCCUGAAAGAAGCCCUCUGGAACUGUCCCCUCCCUCUCUCCGGCCUCGAAGGACAGGAAAACCGAGGAUCACCGUCUCUCCUGAUGCAAUCACGCUCAAAGAAUCCGAGCCCAUCACACUGCUGAAAAUUGAAGACGAGCAAGAUCUCCCUGAAAUUACAGCCGGAGAGAUCGACUUGUUGGUGGAGCAGGAAGGAUUCCUGGUGCCCGGUGCAGAGAAGGAGCCAUUGUCCCCUCAGGCUGUUGUCAGAAAAAGGCGCGUGGAGGAAGAAUCUGUGGAGGAAGCCAGAGUACGAGAGCCAUGGAUAUCCUUGGGGCUGUCGCCUCCCACAAGGAUGGCGGAGGAGACCGCCGCUGAGAAAGAAACGGGACCGCUGUUGAGAGAAGAGACCCGGCCUUCUGUCAGCGUCCCUCUGCAGCCUUUGGAGAUUACUCCUCCGGGAGAGGAACCCAGGUUCCCACCUACUCCCCCUUCGCCCAGGGUUAAGGCCAAGAGAGAGCCACCGCUGAGCCCCGAGCUCCGGCUGCCCGAGUACGAGCCGUCUCCGCCGCGACCCUCCAAGCGUCGAAGGCAGCUGCGUUUUAUGGACGUCGUGACACAGAUUUCCAAGGAGGAUUUCCAGAAACAGAUCUCAGAUCCCCACAUACAGUGCCAGCCCCUGGAGAAAGUACUCCUGCCAGCCAAGAGGUUAAAGACUCCAGCCGAAUUGUUGAGUAACCCAACCUACGGAUGGAUGCACCCCACUCUCCGUGGAUUAUGGGCCCGGUGCGCCAACGUCCGGCCGGUGACUUAUGCCAAGGGUCGAGUUGCUGAGGAGGAAGAACGGAGAGCUGAAAUUCCCAGCGAGCUUGAGGAGCUGCGGGCAGCUGAGGAACCGAGCGGACCUCCGGUGGGCUCCUCAGAAAUAUCCCUCGAGACGACCGAGGAAGAAGCUCGCCCAAGCUUGGUGAUAUCUGAAGAGAGGAUUCUCCUAGAACCGGAAAGCGGGAUUUUGCCCGUCGUGCCUGAACUCCCUGAAAUAAGUUUUGAGUUGCCGCUGGAGAAGGACGUGAUCACCUUGGGCUACGUCCGCAGGUUGGUGGCAGCCAAACUGGAAGAGGUUGAAGAAGUGGAUUUCGACCAGUUGGUGCCCCUCACGGCGUCCCGAGUUGUGGCCAGCCGUUUUUUCUACAUGUGUUUGGUUUUGGCCGCGGCUCAGAUCCUGAGCUUGGAACAAAAGGAGGCUUACGGUCGGAUCAUCAUUAAGCCAGGAGCGCGUUUCCCUCAGAGCUAGCAGAUUCAGCUCUGACAAGAUUCCGAUUCCUUCACCCCAAAACAGCUGCCUCCUUGGUGGAAGAUUCAGGCUUGCCAGGAAGACCCCGAUUUUGUGUUCCAGGUGAAAUUUUUGGAUUAAACCAAUGUAUUUGCAGGUUA